AUGUCUAUUACAGCAUCUGUUCCUGAAAUACAACAAAUCAAGGAAUGCCCGAAAAUUAUGUCGUUGCCUUCGGAAAUUUUUGAUGAGGUUUUUAGGCAUCUCAAGUUUGAUAAACGUUCUCUGUAUUCUUGUCUCUUGGUGAACAGAUUUUGGUGUCGGAAAGUUGUUCCCUUGAUAUGGAGGCGACCGAUGCCUUACAACCGAAAAAAGAAUAAUAAUCAUGUUGAUGUUGGAGUGUUUAUUCCAUACUUUAAUGAAGAUGAAAGAAUAGGAAUAAUCAAGGGUGGUAUAACGAUUCCUGAUCGUCCUCGCCCAUUCUUUAAUUAUGCACAAUUUUUGCACAUUCUUGACAUCGAGGGAAUUGAAAAGGCCGCCAAAGAUUGGCUGGCGAAAGUCGCAAAGGGAAAGCAAGGGGCGAACUCGGACACAACUAGAAGUGAUGAAAUAAUAGUGACAAAUAUUACCAUUGAUAGAAUGUCCGAAAAUUCAACUACAAAUGCCAUGGUAGCGUCCUUGUUGAAGAUGUUCAUGAGGUGUGCCAUUAACCUCAAAUACCUGGUAUUGAAUCCGUUCGGUGGUUAUCGAGAUAUUCCGGACAGUAAAAUUUUUAUCGAAGGUCGACCAGGACUAACGAAUUUACGUAAGUUUAAAAUUCGAUUCAAUUCCUUAUCAGUCAUCCGACCGGAGCACCGAAAAAAUAUCUUUGAGCUCUUGAACGCUCUUCCGAAUGUUUGCACCGGAAUCCAUCACCUGGAUAUAACGAGAGUACGGGUCUCCAAUCCCGAUGUGGCUCGCAUGGUUGGAGGCGUGAUCAGAUCUCAACAGCAACUGUUCUAUUGUCGAUUCUGCAGAAUUGACGGGGAUGUUGAUUCCUUGAUAUCGAUGCUCCGGUAUCAAGUAAAUAAUUUGAUCACGGUGGUGUUUGAUGAUACGGAUUUGGAUGGAGUGUCUCUCGAACCUUUGGCACAAUGCGUUAAGUUAGAAGCCUUGAUAUUUCGCAAAUGUAGAAAUGUCAAUCUCGAAAAAUGGCAAAUUCUAAUCAAUGCACCUUUUAAACUAAAAUUGUUACAUUUGAGUGAUUUAAACGAUCUUGAUCCUGAUGUCACCAAGGCAAUUAUCGAGAAAGCAGGUGAUAACUUGGAAAAGAUUGGAAUCGAGAUGAGAGUUGUCCCUUCGAAUCUCGAAGGACUGGAAGCGAUCAUGAGCAAUUGCCCAAAUGUCAUGCAUUUCUCGAUGAAAUGCAUGCAAUCACAUAUUGAUAUCAAGACAAUUGUUCCAAUAAUAGACAAAUUUCAAUCACUCACGCAUCUUACAAUUCUCUUGGGGGGGCAAAGAGCUGGAACAUAUGAGUCUCUAGUGGAAUUAUCAAAAAUUAAUUUUCUUAGAUUACAAUACUUAGAGUUAACUUGCUCAGACCUUAGUAUCGAAGGUUUAAAUUUUUUCUUGGAAAAUUGUGAAUCACCGCUAACAACAUUAAUCAUAGAUUCGAUUAGUGAAGAAGACUUGGAGAUAUUCAAGAAAUUCUCGAGAGAACGGGGAACAUUGAAGUGGCUGGGCGUAGAACAUAGUAAACCCGAGGAAACCCCAAUGAGUCAUUAUGACUUUCUAAAAAAGAUCACCAAUUUGGCCGAAGGUCUUUUUCAAGCUUUUCCAGCCAGACAAUUGAGAGUUCGAGAAAAGUAUAUGUAG